AUGCCACAACAGGCCGUCGUGCCUUCAAAAAGGGACUGGGGUGACGAGAGUGACGAGAGCGAUUACAGUGAGACCGGUGUGUCAGUACGUCUUUUGCGACGGGAGCGAACUCAGAUAUGGAGACACGAUCAUUCUUUGCGGCCUAUCAACAACAAGCGCGACCUGAAUGACACCCAACAGUCGCCUGCGGCUAGAGUUGUGGAGAAUAAUGACCGGCUGGGAGAAACUGCAGGUGAUCAUGAAGGUCCUCGGCACGGACAUCGACGUCCUUCUGCCGACACACAAGACGACAUCAACAAAGGCAAUGAACUUGAUGAACUUGAUCCAUAUCCCCUGAACUUUUAUCCACCACAUGAUUUUCAAGUCAUUGAUCUUGCUGCCAAGACCCAAAUAGACAAGACUAUUCAAUUUGCAGUGGAUAUAUCUGAGGAUAUUGAGGGCCACUGUGAGGAAUUAUCUCGAUUGAAAAGGUGGGGAUACUUCAGCAUGGCACUCGAGUAUUUCGAGUCCAAUUUACAGCAGCAUCUCGAUCUACCCAUGGUGGCUAUUGAAUAUGCCGAUUUAUUGAGUGGGCAAGGGUCCUACAGGGACUUGACAAAAUGUCGCCUAGACGCCCCAGAGACAAUGAAAACCAUUCCACCAUCCUUUGAGCCCUCGCCUAAUUUAUACAAAACUCAUUUUGACCUUCUUAUUUUGAAUGCAAAAAUAGCUUUUCAGAGCUUAGCACCAGAAGAUUUAGAUUCAUAUGAUCCGGUUGAUUUUCUAUUCGAAAUAAGCUACGAAGCUAAUUUACGCCUAGAAGAGAAGACUGACAGUGGCCGUGACAUACCAUUUAAUUACACAGAAGUAAUGUUCCCUUACCAUAUAAUUUAUUGGAACAUGUUCUAA